CUGACUGGAGCCCGAAAGAGGACUGUGACACAGAUUCCUGUUCCUACCACUCCAAAGCAGGACACAGGAUCCUUUACCUGGACUCCAGAGCAUCUGAAAGCCUUUAAGGAGAUUAAAAAGGCUUUACUUAGUGCCCCUGCUCUGGCUCUGCCGGAUCUAACUAAGCCUUUUACUCUCUAUGUGGACGACAGAGCAGGGGUCACUCGAGGAGUCCUAACUCAGACCCUGGGGCCGUGCAAAUGGCCUAUAGUCUACCUAUCAAAGUAAUUAGACCCAGUGGCCAGUGGGUGGCCAUCAUGCUUGAAAGCUAUCUCUGCAGUAGCACUGCUCCUCAAAGACGCAGAUAAAUUGACUUUGGGACAGCAGACAAUCAUAGUAGCCCCCCAUGCCCUAGAAAGCAUCAUUAGGCAACCUCCAGAUUGCUGGAUGACUAACGCCUGCAUGACCCACUACCAGAGCCUCCUACUGACUGAGAGAGUGUUGUUUGCACCCCUGGCUAUCCUGAACCCUGCCACCCUACUGCCAGAAGCUGAUGAAUCUGCACCCAUACACCAGUGUAUAGACAUCCUAGCAGAAGAGCCUGGGACCAGGAAGGACCUCACUGACCAACUCUGGCCAGGAUGCCCUAGUUGGUACACGGAUGGCAGCAGGUUCAUGGUCAAAGGUAAGCGGAGAGCUGGGGUGGUGGUGGUAGAUGGAAGACAGACCAUCUGGGCCAGCAGUUUGCCUGAGGGGAAUUCAGGUCAGAAAGCAGAACUGAUUGCACUCAUCCAGGCUUUGAAACUGGCCGAGGGAAAAAUGAUCAACAUCUACAUGGACAGCAGGUACGCCUUCGCCACCACGCAUGUACAUGGGGAUACUUAUAAGCAGAGGGGGCUACUUACGUCUACUGGAAAAGACAUUAAAAUUAAAGAAGAAAUUCUAAGCUUGCUGGAGGCCAUACAUCUACCAAAGAAAUUGGCCAUCAUACAUUGCCCUGGCCACCAAAAAGGACACGAUGCGGUGACCAAGGGAAACAAGAUGGCAGAUUCAGCAGCAAAACAGGCAGCUCAGGGGGUCAUGGUUCUUCCAGUCGCAUCCAAAAAUAAAGAGACUAUAGAUGAUUAUGACAUCAGAGACACCAGUUUUAGAGGAGGCUGUCCAUAUUCCUUUGGGGGAGAUAAUAAUAUGCGUAAGAUUGUACAGGGAUAUUCCCCCUAUGGGGUAGCAGAAACAGAAGAAGGAAAAUCAGUCCUGUCUCAAAAGGAGGGACAACCAUAUGUUGCUAAUUUCCAUCAGCUGACCCACCUGGGAACUAAGAAAGUUAAAGACAUUGUUCACCACUCUGAUUACUAUGUGAUGGGACUGACUAUCAGACAUUGCACAGGAGGUGGUCCAGAAUCGCAAAGCCUGUGCCCUGACUAAUGCUGGGCACCAUAUGGGGACUUCUGGUAAGCGACUCCGAGGAGAUAGACCAGGAGACUAUUGGGAAGUAGACUUCACUGAACUCAAACCAGCAAAAUAUGGUCAUAAAUAUUUACUAGCUUUCAUAGACAAUUUUUCAGGUUGGGGAGAAGCAUUUCCAACCAAAAAGGAGACAGCCAAUGUUGUGGCCAAAAAGAUUCUAGAAAAAAUCUUUCCAAGAUUCAGGAAUCCUAAGGUAAUUGGAUCAGACAAUGGCCCUGCCUUCGUUGGCCAGGUGAGUCAGGA